UUGAGCCCUCGAGGGAGGUUGGCUAUUUUUUCCAAAAAAAAAGGAAAAUCAUUUACCGCUACAGGUCCCAAAGUCGCCGCCAGAAGCCCAGAACCCUAAAACCUCCGCUCCGGCGAUCGCCGCCGGGACGGCCGCCACCAUGACGGGGCCUUCAUGGUUGAUUGACUACAAAAGAAUGGCUUCAAAAAUAAAAAAUGCUUCUGCACCUACACACCAUACCACACAUACCUGGAAGAGCAACCCGACUAAGGAAUGCCCAAAAUGCAACUACAUUAUCGACAACAGUGAUGUUGUUGAUGAGUGGCCUGGUUUGCCAAAAGGCGUGAAAUUUGAUCCAUCAGACCAGGAAUUGCUGUGGCAUUUGCUAGCGAAAAUUGGGAAAGUGGGUGUCAAACCUCAUCCAUUUAUCGAUGAAUUUAUUCCCACUAUUGAUUCAAAUGAAGGCUUAUGCUGUACUCAUCCGCAGAAACUCCCAGGAGUUAAGCAGGAUGGAAGUGUAUCACACUUCUUCCACAGAACAUUUAAGGCCUACACCACUGGGACUAAGAAGCGUCGGAAGAUAAAUACCGACGAGCUUGGUGAGGUUCGUUGGAACAAGACUGGCAAGACGAAAGCAGUAGUAAUAGGUGGAACACACCUUGGUUGCAAGAAAAUAAUGGUUAUGUAUGCGAGCAAUGUAAAGGGUGGGAAGCAAGAAAAGACUAAUUGGGUGAUGCACCAAUACCACGUUGGCACUGGGGAAGAUGAGAAGGACAGUGAAUUUGUUGUCUCUAAAUUAUUCUAUCAGCAGCAACCUAAGGCCGGGGAGAAGAUUUCAGAGGACAUGGGUGAUCAUAUGGAACCUGUAUAUGCUGUAGUAGAUUUGGCUGAUUGUCCUCCAUUGAUGGACUUAUCGUCUUUGCCCUUGGAAGAGGACAAUAGUAAUCAAGAAGCUGUUCAGAAGUCUGAACAUAACUUUGAUCAGGCAAAUAGUCAUUGUGAAGUAAAGGCCAAAGAAGACAUUAACCAUCCUGCAUCUGAAAAGGCUGAAGAUGAAGAUAGACACCCUUCACAGGAUCCAAAUUGGUGGGAGGGCGAAUCCCAGUUUAUGUUGAACUCUCAGCAACUGGCAGAAUGCAUGUCAAUUUGUGAUGAGUUCCUUCAGAGUCAGAAUUCAUCUGGCAGUGGAGAUGAGCCUGGUAAGAGCAGACCUUGCCUUGCUGAAUAUGCCCAGCUGCCUGCAGAUGACUUGAAAAAAGAUCUUGAAGAAUGCCAGAAGCUGGACGUCUCAAAUGACACAAACCUAGAACUUGAAUGCACUCCUGAGUUUCGACUUAGCCAACUGGAUUGCUAUGCUACAACGUGGAUUGAAGGGAAAAUCUAGAAAUGGUUAAAGUGAGGAGGCACCACUGUUGCGAGGCGACAGAACGCACGCAUCAUUUUGUAGUAGCUGUUCAUUUAGUAUUUAACUACUGUAAUUGCUGUGUGUGAACUGAAAGUCUGGAUACUUGUUUUCUAAUUGACCCACUUGACAAUAUAUGUGGGGCUCGCUGAGUUGUAAAAUAUAGUAAAGAACUCUUGA